AUGAGGAGGGGUGGUCUCAUCUGUACAGCUAGUAUCAUCGACCCAACACACAUCCUGACGGCAGCUCAUUGUACAGAAGGUUCAGCGGCAAGUGACCUGACUGUAGGAGUGGCUGAGUUUGACAUCACUAAGUCAGAUGGGGAAAGGGUAUUUCAAGUGGAGAAAGUUAACGACCAUCCGAGAUACGACCGGACGAAAGUCAUUAACGACAUCUCCAUCCUGACGCUGACCGAGCCCAUCCAGGGCGUGCCUAACGCUGAACCCAUUUGCCUUCCUCGGUGGAAGCAGUGCAAGGAUAUUUCCAACCGGAAGUGUGUCGUUGCUGGAUGGGGAGCCAAGGAAAUAGUGGAUAACACACUGGUUUUUCCUAAUGCCCCCCGCGAUGCCACUGUCAGGGCAUAUGCCGGUUCCAAGUGUCCAACUAACAGACCCGCGCCGAGUGACCUCAAAACUCAGAUCUGUGCCGUUGGAAACUCUGAUACCUGCAACGUAAGUAUAAUAUACAUUGCAUGCCGUACGUAG